UUUUAUUUCAUAGCUCACAUUACAUGACGCCUAACAUCUACCAGCAAGUGUUUAACUUGAGCUUUUCCUUACCCCUGUUACCCAGUGAAUACAAAGAUAGAUUGUUUAGAAAUGACAUUUCAUAAAGGGGAACUUUCGGUAUCCACAUUUAUACCCUCCAAAUGGAAUUCGUCUAACAUUGAUGAAGAGACAGAAUUGAACGACAAUAGUACAUUUUGGUAUUCAAGUUUGCUUCCAGUUGACAAAACCCUGAGAAGCUGGAACGAAACAGAAAAUGGCUCUGAUGAUUACUCAAACGAUUAUGAUUUCUUUAAAGAUUAUACUUUGUCAUUCCAUUUUUUCGAUUCUCAAAAUAUCUAUUCGACAUCGGAAGCAUUUGAGAAAACAAUUGUGGUUCUGACUUUGAUCAUCGGAUUACUUGGUUUUGUAGGAAAUAUUGUGACCAUAUGCAUGAUUUCAUUCCAUAAAAAAUUCCAUACACCAACAUUUGUUGCCAUCGGGUGCCUUUCAUUGCCGGAUACUUUAAAUAUCAUUGUCAUAUUUCUGACAAAAUUUUCGAAUUUAUAUGAUUAUGUUGCAAUUCAAGACAUUGUGUACAAAAAAAGGUUUUGGAAUAUGACUUUUCUUUUUCUGUGGGAACUCAUUAAAAAUUCUUCAAAUUCUCACAUUGUUUACCUCUCCAUGAUCAGAUAUUUAUUAACAAUUCAUCCCUUAGAAAGCAAGAUUCGACUUACAGCGUCAAUUGUUUUGGCAUGUUCUGUAAUGAUCUGGAUUUAUUCUUCACUGUUUUUAGCUUUCAUAUUAAUCUUUAUAUUAAGGUAUUUUAAUAAUUAUACAAAGAAGUACACAGUCCUUCGGUAUACAUUUGAUAUCAUUCAUGUUCUCUGGGGUUUGUUUUCUCUCUGUGCAAUCAUUAUUAUGCAUAUAAAAAAGAUGAAAGUUCUAAAAAACUCUGCCGUGAAAAACUGUGUCCAUAGAAGAAUGAAUGUUAUCAUUUUCAUCAUUUUAUCAGUUUUUGUUUGUUUUCAAAUAUCAAGCAUAUUUUAUUACCUUUCUUUUUUAAUUAAUAUUUCUCCGACCUAUAGAUACAAUAUCUACGUAAUUUUUGGAAUUAUGAAUUACUCUUGUAAUCCUUAUAUACUUUUUUUUUCUUCUCUGAUUGUUUAA